CUAAAAUCCAUUUUGACUUCGUAUUAUUACGACAAAUUAAGACAAGAUUAUUAAAGAAAUUCGAAGAUGCCAUUUCCAGAAAGAUCUCGCUAUAACUGCAUUUAUACAUGAUGACGUGCGCCAACCACUUCCUUCACUUCCUCUCAGUUACGUCUUCUCUAUCUCUCUCUCGCGCUUUCUCUCUCAUUACAGGAUUUACUUGACCCAUAUAUCUCUCUCCUCUUCAAUUUGUUGAAGGCAUUCCGUUUCUCUCUCUCUCUCUCACACACACACAUCAAUUUCUUAAUCAUUAUAAUUAUUAAUUCCACGUGCCCCCUGUUUUGAACAAUCAAUGAAAUUUAAAAAAAUAAAAUUGUACUAACAAAAUAUAACGUGACACUUGAGAUCGAUUUCAGCGGACGAAGAUGUCGCGUAGAGACAUAAAUUUUUUUCUUUGAAAUCGUAGAGACACAAUUAUUAAAAUGUUAGAAGAUUAGUUGUAUAUCAAUUUGGAAUUUUAUGAAUGUUGGAUACUUUUAAUAGAAAGUUUGAAAGGUCACGUAUUUUCUAAUCAUUUGAAAGAUUGAAUAGUAGAAUAGUGAGUAUAUUUUGUCUUCCAAUACUGAAUUUGUAGGUUUGGCUCUUCAUUUUAGGUGCAGCUAGAUUUUAGUCCAGGCUCAACUGAUAUAUGAUUGCUCCAAAUGUCGAAAAUCCACAUUUUCAAAAGACGUGCAUAAUUUGGAAAACAUAAGUGUUAAUGUUUUGGGAUUUGAUAUAGCAGCUGAGGGAUUUUGGUUUGAGAAUAUCAAUGGAGUCAGUUGGUGGUGAAGCAAGUUGGGUUGGAAACGCAAUUCACUCGGUGAUUCCGCUGUUGAAGCUCAUCACUCUCACCGUGAUCGGAUCAGUCCUCGCCCACCCCAAAACGCAGCUCAUUCCAAAAGCUGCUUUCAAGCUUCUAAGCAGGCUCGUUUUCAUGCUCUUCUUGCCAUGUAUGAUCUUCAUCAAUCUCGGCGAGACCAUAACCGUCGACAAUUUCAUCCGCUGGUGGUUCAUACCGCUCAAUGUCAUCAUCAGCACCGCCGCCGGCUGCGUUUUGGGCCUCCUGGUGGCCGGAAUCUGCCGUCCUCCGCCGGAGUUCUUCAGGCUCACCGUCAUCAUGACGGCGUUCGGCAACACCGGCAACCUCCCCCUCGCCAUCGUGGCCUCCGUGUGCCACGACGACGGCUCCCCCUUCGGCCCCGAGUGUGAAAACAAAGGCACGGCCUACGUCAGCUUCGCGCAGUGGGUGGCCGUGCUCCUUGUCUACACACUUGUGUACCACAUGAUGGAGCCCACGGCCUCCGACUUCCACGAGGGCGUGGAGAUCGGGGGCGAGAUUGAGGAGCAUUUGCCGACCAACAUUCUCUCUAGACCGCUCCUCGUGGAGGCGGAGUGGCCCGGGUUGGAGGACAGAGCGACGGAGCACUGCAAAACGCCUCUGAUCGCGAGAGUUUUCGCGGCGGAGCACGACGAUGACUUGGAGGAGGAAGCGAGUUGCAGCAGCCCUAAAUCAGUGAAAUGUUUUGCGGAGCCAGGAAUAGUGACGAAAAUCCGAACCGUCGCUGAAAGAACUCCAUUCCGUCACAUUCUUCAGCCCCCAAUAUUUGCGACGGUUUUGGCUCUCGUCGCCGGUAUGGUGCCGUCGCUAAAACCGGUUGUGUUUGGCUACGACGCCCCGCUGGCGUUCAUCACCGACAGCCUAGCCAUGAUGUCGGAGGCGAUGGUUCCGUCGGUGAUGCUCGUCCUCGGUGGAAUGCUGGCGGAGGGGCCUAACGAGUCAAGGCUCGGGACUCGGACGACGGUCGGGAUCGUCGUCGCGAGGCUAUUGGUUCUCCCGUUAGUCGGGAUCGGGGUGGUUAGUUUGGGUGAUAGAUUGGGGAUUUUUGUGGUGGGGGAUGAGAUGUAUAAGUUGGUGGUGCUGCUGCAGUACACGACGCCGAGUGCCAUUUUGUUGGGGGCGGUGGGGAGCUUGAGGGGAUAUGCCGCCAAGGAGGCGGCGGCGCUGCUAUUUUGGCAGCAUAUAUUUGCUGUCUUUUCUCUUACCAUAUAUCUUGUCGUCUAUUCCAAACUGUUGUUUGCUUACUAUGAUUGAGCUUUGUUUGUUGCUUCUUCCCUUCUUUUUUUCCCUUGAAAUCAGAGUUGAUUGAAUUUUGUUAGUUA